AUGAUAUGCACCAGUUUUAUGAAGCAUUUCCUUGGCUGGGCGGUCCCUGCUGCCCUCUGCUCCAUCAUAGCAUUCCUGGGCUACAGACCCUCAAACAGCAGUUGUGGAGCGAGUGAGCAGUCUGUGCGGGCAGUCAUGUACGUGAUGUUCCUGUGUCCGGUUGUACUGGCCAUCAUCACCAUGGUCAGCUUCUUUUGUCGGGCAAGCAGGGAAGUAAAGCGUUCCCUGAUUCGACGAUAUGGGAGGUUCACACCUUUAGAGAGGGCCACAGUGGAAAACUUGCAGGUUAAGUUCGCCAUCAUAUCUCUGGCCUUCUGUGUAGGCUGGGUUCCAAAUGUUUUGAACGGCAUCUUUAUAAAUGUGCUGGAUGAGAGGUCUUCUGACGUAAUCCUGGUUUUCCUCGUGCUGGAGGCUGUGCUCAAUCCAUUCCAAGCUGUAAUAGACAGUAUGGUUAUGUUCGGCUGGCCUCCCGCUGGUUGCUGUGGUAUAUUCCGCUCCAAUCACUAUGGCAAUAGUCACCAUAGCAACAUCAACGAUCUUCAGGUUUCUGGGAGAUCAGAGGCAGUGCCGGAUGAGACAGAUCCUCUGUUAAGUUUUAGUCAUAACAGGCAAAGGCAACAUUAAAGGCAGUUAGUUAGCUUCCAAUGAUCCAUUCAGAGCAUCAAGUCAAUUGUUGUUAGUAUGAUUUGGGCUUAUUUCAUAUCAUUUUAGAGUGCAAUUAUGGUGGGGUGAAUGGGGGUGUUUGAAUAAACAAGACACAGAUGGGCACACCGCUCAGUCUUGUCACUGUCACAGGUUGUUUGUCAGGGGUAGUUAAAGAAAUCCGUGAUGCAACCAUAAACUAUCAUUAAUACAAACAUUGAUAUUAGGGAUGCAAACGAAUAUUCGAAUAUUCGAAUAUUCGAUCAAACGUUUGGUAUUCGAAUGUCAAAAUCGGUAUUCGAAUAUUCGAAUAAAAAAGUUCAAUAAAGAGAAUAAAAACACCUUUUGCCUACACCACUGUUGUGGUUUAUAACAUUUAUUUGUCUUGUUUUUACAACGAUUGGCCCCUAAUGCCAGAGGUGUGAAUGUGACGAUACACUAAACACGCGUCAUAUGUCAUUUAGGGACUUAUCCUCGGGUACUAUAAAAAGUCCCCCUACUUUACAAUAUCUGGCUAGGAAUCGGCUUUAACACCAAUGUGUUGUCUUGGCUGCAAAUUAAGCUGUAUAACAUACCUCAAAUCCACAUAUUAUUUUGAUUUAUUAUUUUACUAGUUCCCAAGUUGGUUUGGGGUUUCCAUAGUUAUAUUAAGUCAAUUUAGAUGUCAAUCACAGAAAACGGCUGCACGUCCUACGGAAAGACCCUCCAUUGGCGCAAAACUAUUUGACUAGGAAUUUAUCUAACUUCACAUUGUUUACAAAUAUAAAGGCAGCAGAAUUGAAAUUAUUUGACAUUAUUGUUUGUUUGUUUGUAAUGAAUUGCUUAUUUCUUCCUGAAAAUGGAGAAUUUCAAAAACUCAUUUGGGGAAAUUCAGGGUCCGCCGCACGUACUGGCUACAACAAAUUACGGGAUAAAAAUACCCCGGCUAUUACUUUAGCGAAUACUAAUGGUAUUUUACUACAUCUUAUAAAAUAUGUAUUUCGGUUAUCGAAUAUUCGAAUAUUCGAUUGAAAGAAUUACCGAAUAUUCGAAUAUUGAGUUUGCCAUUCGUUUGCAUCCCUAAUUGAUAUACAUUUAAUGAUCAGUUGUAUUGAGGAGUGUUCUGUUAAUUGUAUUAGCAUAACUAUCAUAAUUCGCAAACUGUGGACUCAAAGCAAAGGGUCAUUUUGUUUUACAGAUAGUAGCCAAUAUAUCGCAAUUUUAUUAUAUAUAGUUAAAUACAUGUAAAUUUUAUAACGAUGCUGACUGCACUUCUUGGUUCUGCAGUAUGUAAUGUAAUAAAUGAAACAUUUUGUUUACAAUUUUAAAUUUAGCUUCUUUGAUAUUAACGAGGAAGUUCUGUUUGGAGUGUCUGUAAUGACAAUUUUUGAAUGAUUGUUUGAUUUACAACUUUUAGGGGGUUAUCUUUUGAUAGUUAUUUAUGCUUGUGUUUUAUACUUGCUUUUAGAUCUGACACAUUUACAUUCCUAUGCACUAUUUUUUUUACACAUUUAAAUUUUUAUGUUAUUGUUUUAUUGAUCUUAUUGUUUCUUUACUUUGGUACUUUAGUUAUUAUUUAUUAUGAGUUGACAGUUUUGAAGUAAUAUUUGGGUUGUAAAAAUGUGAUGAAAUGUUGUUGAGUAUUUGUAAUGUUAGUGAUCACACAACCAUGCACCUAUUAUCCAACGACACAUUCUUUUAACUGUAAUCAUGGACUCGGUCUAUACAUACAUGUGUAAUUAUAAAUCUCGGACAAUACUUAUUUAAGAAAAAGUUAAAAAGUUAUUUAAUAUUUAUGUGAAAAACUACAGAAACAAGCUCAGUAGCCAAAAGUUUAAACAUAACCCCCGUUUAAUGGCACAGGAUAAACGCCAAAGAUAUAUAACACAACAACAAAAAAUCACAAACAAGAAACAUGGAAGAACAGCACAAAACUUCACAAAGUGCCUAUGGGUGAAUAUUUGAUUAUGUUCCUUUCCGUGUUUAGGAACAAACCUCAAAUAAACAUUAAAUAAUCUAUAAUUGUGUUAGUUAUUAUUGAAAGUACAUACAAUAAGGUUAUUCUCAUUUGUUAGGCACAACGUGGAAUGAAAGGUACUCAUGUGGUUUACACAGUUGUCGAUGCCCCCAAAAUUUUAGAUAUUAACACCGUUACGGACAAUAACACAUAAAACGUUUCAAUAAGUCAUAAUUUUCAAAUGAAUCAAAAUUACUCUUCAACAAACCUAUAAAUAUCAUAAGUAUCAUAACAUUAUUUAAGGACAACAACUAAUUGCAGUUGAGAUCUUUAAGAUUUUUACGUAACAGUGUUAACUUUUGUUUUUCGGAAAAAAUAAUACAGUUGCACAUUCUCUAGAGAACUUAUAUGACUGAUGAGAAAAUCGAUUACUUGCAGAAAUGUUUGUUUGCAUACAAUCAAACUCAAUAGGCUUAAGUUUUGUCCGUUUUUGUCUCUUUGUUAAUAAAUAAAUUCAAUGAAAUGAGAUGUAACGGUGUUGAUGUGAGCAUAACGGUGUUGUCAUCACCUUUCUACCAAGACCUGGUCAUCAUCAUUGUUAUAGUUGUAUCGUUAAUGCUAGUAUAAACAAUAAACAUAUAUCUGUAUUCAUCGUAAAGUUUUGCACGACCGACUCCAUAUGCCUUUUGGCGAAAAUUGUACAUGGAUGUACCUCCUGGCAUAAAAAAUUGACACUUUUUACUUUGUUUUUUAAUUAACAUAGUUAUUAACUUUAUUAACACACAAACUCAAACGAAAACUACAGAACAAUAAAAACUUGUUUACAUGUUUAUAACAGUUUAAGGCUUACAAAAUUGCAAUACAUACAUGUUUUCUAUAGUACAUAUAUUAUGCGCAUAUAACUUGUGUUAGAACAUUUAAAUUUAAACAAAACUUGUAAAAAUGUCUUAAAGCUUUUGAACAACAAGCAAACAUAUCAUAAAACCGCUGAAUGAUAUCUAAAUA